AUGGAACUUGAACUCUGGAGUCUGAAGAUUAACAACAUCAUUCUUGUCUGCUCCGACGUGCAGCACCUCAAGAGCAAGGCCUUGAGCUUUGACGCAUCCUGCCGGAGCAGGGCCGUGUCGUCCUGCUCGCUGGUGGCCCCGGCCGGCCACUGGGACUGGUGCCCCACGGGCAUGGCGUCCCUGGAGGACCGGCUGGCCCUGCUGCAGGAUGACGUCGUGGCGGACUACUUUGCAAUGCUGAGAGAAGCGGAGGCGCACCGACCCCACGAGACGGCGGCUGCGGUGCGCAUCCAGAGUGCCUGGCGGGGCUUCUUCCUGCGGUGCAGCCUGGCCCGCCUGGCUGCCACGUGUACUGUGAUCCAGCGUUGCUACCGCGGCCACCUUGGCAGGCAGUACGCAGCAGCCUGCCGCAGACAGAACCUCGACAGUGCAGAGUCUAGCAUGGUGCUCCUCUGUCGUCCCUCUUCUCGCUCGCCUGGCCGUGUCCUGCUGCUCCCGCUCACCCCCGCUGCUGUGGCCUGCGUGUGGCAGCGCGACCGUGCGCUGCGGCUGGCCUACUUCCACGCGGCCGCCACCGUGAUCCAGCGCCACUUCCGCGGCUUCCACAGCCGCAAGUACCGCCACAGCUACUACGCACGCGCCGCCUACAUUGCUGCUGUUCUGCAUACCACGGAGCGCCUGCGUGCACACUUGCAAGAGUCGUACGAGCAGCAGGCGGCCGACGCGGCUGCCGCGGUGCGCGCUACUGCAGCGGCGCAGUACCAGGCGGUGCUGCGGCAGAGCCACCACCUCGUGAGCACGCGCUCGUGCCCGGGGGUGUUCCGCGCCCCACGCCACGCGGGCGGGGUGCCCGCGCUGGACGGCCUCUCCGUGGAGGAGCACCUCUGGCACACCGUGCACACCGCGGGCCGCCCGGGCUCCGCCACGGGAACCAGCACGUCGUCCUCGCAUUCGGGCAGCCUGAGCGAGCCCCCGAGCGCCCCGAGCAGCGCGGGGCAGGUGGAGAGGGCGGGGGGCGCGCGCGUGCAGCCGCUCGACCUGGCGCCCCUGCGCGCGGGUCUGCUCCAGGCGGAGUCGUCGCUGGCCCGGUCGACCAGCCGGGGCGCCUCCAUCUCGGACCUCAUCCAGCGUGCGGCCGACUAUGAGACGGCCCUGCGUGCGACUUCUCCCGGGGAGGCACGCGGUCGGGGUACCGUGCAGGCGGCGUCGCCGUACGCGGCGGUGGAGGACCGCGAGCGCCUGGAGCGGCAGCAGAGCGCGCGCCUCGCGGUGUCCCCCCGCCCCUUCCUGACCGCGGUAGGGGCGGACCGGCUGAACACGGAGAACGUCAACGGCGCGGGCAUCAGCCAGGGGACCAGGUACGGCAUCCAGGAGGAGGCCCAGAAGCUGGAGCGGGCGAACUCGGAGCGGCUCAUGCGCCAGAUCUCGCCGAAGCCCUUCAAGGUGGCCGCGCGGCCGCGCCAGCUGUUCGAGGACGCAGCAGAGCGGGUCGUCGUCCUGUAG